AACAGCAACAGCAACAGCAACAGCAACAGCAACAGCAACAGCAACAGCAACAGCAACAGCAACAGCAACAGCAACAGCAACAGAAACAGGAGCAGGAGCAGGGGCAGGAGCAGGAGCAGGAGCAGACAACGCCAACGCGCGAGUUCACGAUAGUGGCACUGGGCAAGAGCGGCGAAGGCAAAAGCACGCUGCUGAACGCCAUUCUCGGUCGACAGAUGUUCGUGACCAAGGCUUCUGUCAGUGAAGUAACACAGCAUGUGGACAAGGCCACGAACCAUUUCCUAAACAUACCCACGAAUCCGGUGAUGCACUGUAUCGAUACGCCCUCGUUCAAUGGCAAGUUGCAUGACCCUAACCGAGUCAAGGAGAUCGGAGCUCUCCUGACGAAAGUCGCGGCUGGUGUCGACGCCUUCUUGUUUGUCGUCAAAUGUACACGCUACCGAUACGACAAUACGUUCCACCAAACCCUCCAGACCUACCAGGACCUCUUCACCCCGGCCUUCUGGUCAAAGCUCAUCGUCGUCUUCACACAUGCCACCCCUGAACUCCUUCCCCCGACCCAAUCACGCGUGCCCCUCAUGGCGUGGUCCCGUGAGAUCCAGGAGCAUCUCAAGCUGCCAAAUCCGCCAAUGGUCGUCUUCGCAAUGGAUUAUAUCCGAUUUCCCUAUCCAGCUGGGGGCGCACAGGAUUUUUGGGAGUGCUUGAUGGAAUUGGAUGCGAACACAGAGCCCUACUGUCAUAAGCCCUUUCUGGAGAGCUUUGGAAACGGGAUCGCGGUCGAGGGUUAUGUUCAGAGGAUCAAGGGACAUUUGGCUGUGUACGAGCCCAGUUUCUUUGAGGACCAGGCAGAGGGACAGUACAGAGCCCAGCAGAAGGAGCUGAAGAAGCGGAAAGAAAUGAGGUUUAAUCUAUUCAGGAAGAGUACUCAUGCCACCAGGAGCUCAUAGCCUCAAGGAGCAUGGUUAUCGAAUGGAAAAUAAAAUAAAUAUCAACCUACCGACCUACCAAUCUGUUCAAGUCAAUCGCUUGCUGCAUAAUGCAUGACGCAUAAAAAUUCAUAAUAUUCAUCAGCAAGAGCAUAAAUGUG